CCCUGCGUCCCCCAGCGGUGCACCCGGAGCAUCCCAUCCCCCGUUCCAACGUUCCGGCCGGAGGACUGGCCGGCCGGGCACGUCUCGUCUCCAACGUUCCGGCCGGCCUGCACCCUGUCCCUGCGUCCCCCAGCGGUGCACCCGGAGCAUCCCAUCCGCCGUUCCAACGUGCCGGCCGGAGUGCUGGCCGGCCGGGCACGUCUCGUCCCCAACGUUCCGGCCGGCCUGCACCCUGUCCCUGCGUCCCCCAGCGGUGCACCCGGAGCAUCCCAUCCCCCGCUCCAACGUGCCGGCCGGAGUGCUGGCCGGCCGGGCACGUCUCGUCUCCAACGUUCCGGCCGGCCUGCACCCUGUCCCUGCGUCCCCCAGCGGUGCACCCGGAGCAUCCCAUCCCCCGUUCCAACGUUCCGGCCGGAGUGCUGGCCGGCCGGGCACGUCUCGUCCCCAAUGUUCCGGCCGGCCUGCACCCUGUCCCUGCGUCCCCCAGCGGUGCACCCGGAGCAUCCCAUCCCCCGCUCCAACGUGCCGGCCGGAGUGCACCCUCAUCCCAUCCCCCGCUCCAACGUGCCGGCCGGAGUGCACCCUGUCCCUGCGUCCCCCAGCGGUGCACCC